AUGAGUAACCAAAUUAGAGAUUUUUGUGAUAUAGCUAUUUUGAAAGCUUCUUAUGGGGUAAACAUUGGUCAAACAAUUUAUGUGAGAUGGAUAAUAGGUACCGAAUAUUAUGAUGGUAUUGAUUUGAGAGAAUGUACAGAAAAGGAGGAAAUUGUGUGGUGGCCAGGGAAAAUAUUAAUGACAGAAAAAGAGGAAAGAGAUUCGAAAGGCAGAAGAAUAUAUAUGUUAAAAUAUGAAGAAAGGGAUGAAUUCAAGUCAGAUAAUGCCAGAGUUGUUUUUGAAAACAAUGAGAGAAUAUCUCAUUUAGAUUAUAAUGGGAUUUCUUUAAGAUAUUGCAAGACUAAGGAUGAGAUUGAGAAUAUCAAAGAAAGUUAUGAGAGUAUGGAGCAUACACAUGAAGGAAUAGAAGAUUCUGAAGAUGAAAAAACGAUUAGUAUUCAAGAAAUACUGGAAGGAGAUCUUUUUGGAUUUAGUGGUUCAGAUGAGAGUGAAUCUGGUGAAGCAGGAACAUUAACAGGAACAAGUGAAAGUGGUGGUUUUGCAAGUAUAUUUAACUCCUUACCUCAUGAGAAGAAAAUCAAUCUAGCUCAAGGUUACAGAGAAUUUGCUGAUAAGUUUUUAUCAUUUUUAAAAAGUAGAAUGAAUGAUGACCAGAACAAAAAUACGAUAACCAUAGAUGAUGUAAGAGACUUUAUUGCUUUUUUAGGCCUGGACACCAAUAAUGGAGAAAAUGCAAAUAAUACAGGAAACAAUAAGUAG